AUCAAUCUACCCAGCCACUUCUACUUGUAGCUACCACGUUGGUUGCUACUCGAGUAAUCAAACGCCAACACCUACUCGAGCAAUUGCAAACCGCUAGCUACUACAUCUAGAUAGUAUAGCUAGCCACCAUGGCCAAGAAGAAGCUUGCCCACAAGCUCUUCUCCACCAUGCUCUCCCUCCUCUUCCAUGGCCGGAGGCCUCUCUCUAGGGCGGCACCCACGACAAGUGCACAAGGUCACCGUGAUGCUUCUUGCCCGGUGGUGCACCAACGCGCCACCCCUCCGAUGGCGGUGCUCACCGCGGAGACGACCCUCGUCGUCGACGUUGACACUGCGCUGCUGCGGUCGCCGUCCCUUUUCCCCUACUUCAUGCUCGUCGCGCUGGAGGCCGGCGGGUUCCUGCGCGGCCUCGUCCUCCUCCUCCUCUACCCUCUGGUACGCCUCAUGAGCCGCAGCGCGGCGGUGAAGGCGAUGGCCGCGGUGUCGUUCUGCGGCCUGCGCGCGAGCCGGUUCCGGGCCGGCCGCGCGGUGCUGCCCAAAUGGUUCAUGGAGGACGUGGCGGCGGAGGGGUUUGAGGCGGUGCGGGCGCCGGGGAGGCGGGUGUGCGUCACGGGGAUGCCGAGGGUGAUGGUGGAGGGGUUCCUGAGGGAGCACAUGGAGGCGGAGGCGGUGGUGGGGAGGGAGAUGAAGCUGCUGUGGGGGUUCUACACCGGCCUCAUGGAGGAAUUCGAAGACGAAGAUGAUCACGAGCAGGUGGUGAUGGCGAUGGAGGAGGAGAGGAAGAAGAAGGUGGGCGGUGCUGUUGUGGGCUUCUCCGGAUCACCGGAGUUUCUCAAGCAUCCUCUCUCACGUUGCUGCAAGGAGAUUUACGUGGUGAGCUCGGAGGAGAAGAGCAAGUGGCGGCCGCUGCCGCGGGACAAGUACCCCAAGCCGAUGGUGUUCCACGACGGCCGCCUCGCGUUCCGGCCGACCGCCGCCGACACGGUGGCCAUGUUCGCGUGGCUACCCUUGGGCGCCGCCCUCGGCGCGGCGCGCCUCGCCGUCGCGCUCACCGUGCCGUACAGGUACUCCACGCCCAUCCUGGCGGCCACCGGCAUGUCGUGGCGGCUCAAGGGAGAGCGCCCGCCUCUGCCGAGCGGCGGCCGCGGGCAGCUGUUCGUGUGCAACCACCGCACGCUCAUCGACCCGGUGUACGUGUCCGUGGCGCUGGACCGGCAGGUGCGCGCCGUGUCCUACAGCCUGAGCCGCCUGUCGGAGCUCAUCUCCCCGAUCGGCCGCACCGUGCGCCUCACGCGGGACCGCGACAACGACGGGCGCGUCAUGGCGCGCCUCCUGGACCGCGGCGACCUCGUCGUCGUCUGCCCCGAGGGCACCACCUGCCGCGAGCCGUACCUGCUCCGGUUCAGCCCGCUGUUCGCCGAGCUCAGCGACGACGUCGUCCCCGUCGGGAUCGCCGUCGAGACGUCCAUGUUCUACGCCACCACGGCCGGCGGGCUCAAGUGCUUCGACCCGCUCUACUACAUGGCCAACCCGAGGAUGUGCUACACGGUGCAGUUCCUCGACAAGGUGGACACGUCGCCGGUCAAGGCCAGGGCGGCGCCGAGCACCGACAUGGCCAACCUCGUGCAGAGGAAGAUGGGGGACGCACUGGGGUACGGAUGCACCAUGCUCACCAGAAAGGACAAGUACCUCAUGCUCGCCGGCAACGAUGGCAUCGUCAGAACCGACGACAAGUCGGGCUCUGCCGCCGCAGGGAAGAAGAAAACAAGUACAGAAAAGAACAACUAAGUAAACCUUGUUAAUAAAAUAAAAAAGUAAGGAAAAAAAUGUGUAUUUAGUUGUUGAUCUGUUCAUUUGUGUUGUUUGCUUCCUUCUUUAGUUUUAUUUAUUUAUCAAUAAGGUUUAUUUUUAGGGGAUUUUUGUGAUUUUUUUAUGUACUGUAAAGAAACAACAAGCUUGUAGUAUCUGGGAUCUUGUACUGUAGAGCAGCAUUACAGUGUUAAUAAAAAUAGUACACUUGUGAUUUCUACUCUCUUAGCAUGCAUAAUGCAUCCUUGCAAGUUGAAAGAAAACAUGUUAAC